AGGAGCCCUCUUGCUUGGUUGGUCACGUGACUCCUCUGUUUACAGACAUCCGGAGAAACAUGGAGGACACCACUGGCAGUAAUCCCCAAUCUCUUGGAUUUACAGAGAAAUUAAAGUCUUGGCUCUCUUGGUCAUGGACCUACGUGUGCUUAAUUUGGUUGGGCAUGGUGCUCAUCAUGAUAUACGUGCUGUGGAGCCCGCUGAAACUGCAGGAAACUCUUACCUCAGCAUCAGUGUUUUUGAACACACUGACCCCCAAAUUCUAUGUGGCUCUCACUGGAACCUCCUCCCUCAUCUCUGGACUCAUCCUUAUAUUUGAGUGGUGGUAUUUUCGUAAAUAUGGGACUUCGUUCAUUGAACAAGUUUCAGUGAGCCACCUGCGUCCUCUCCUGGGUGGAGUGGAGAGCAGCUCCACGACUGGUCUGUUCUCAUCAGUCAAUGGAGAGGCAGAGCCGAGACCCAGUGUCUCAGAGUGUAAGGUCUGGAGGAACCCUUUGAAUCUGUUUAGAGGAGCAGAAUACAACAGGUACACCUGGGUGACCGGGAAGGAACCCUUAACAUACUAUGAUAUGAACCUGUCUGCUCAAGACCAUCAGACCUUUUUCACAGGAGACACUCAGCAGUUAAGGCCAGAGGAUGCUGUGAUGCAGAAGGCCUGGAGAGAGAGAAAUCCUCAAGCCAGGAUCAGAGCAGCUUACCAGGCCAUAGAAAUGAACCAUGAAUGUGCUGCAGCCUAUGUGCUUCUAGCAGAGGAAGAAGCCACAACUAUUACAGAAGCUGAGCGCCUCUUCAAAAAAGCAUUAAGUAUCGCUGGAAAAGAUAUCAACUUAUUGGUGUACAUUAAACGUAGACUGGCAAUGUGUGCACGCAAGCUGGGACGGAUUAAAGAAGCAGUGAAAAUGAUGAGAGAUUUAAUGAAGGAGUUCCCAUUGUUGGGAAUGUUAAAUAUACACGAAAACCUCUUGGAGGCACUUCUAGAGCUUCAGGCAUAUGCUGAUGUCCAAGCUGUUCUUGCCAAAUAUGAUGACAUCAGCUUGCCAAAAUCAGCCACAAUAUGCUAUACAUCUGCACUGUUGAAAGCACGGGCUGUAUCAGAUAAGUUCUCUCCAGAGGCAGCGUCAAGGCGGGGGCUAAGCACAGCAGAGAUGAACGCUGUGGAGGCCAUACACAGAGCCGUUGAGUUCAAUCCGCACGUGCCAAAGUACUUAUUAGAGAUGAAGAGCCUGAUCCUGCCUCCAGAGCACAUCUUGAAGAGGGGUGACAGUGAGGCAGUGGCAUAUGCUUUCUUCCACCUGCAGCACUGGAAGAGGGCAGAGGGAGCCUUAAACCUACUACACUGCACCUGGGAGGGCACCUUCAGGAUAAUUCCCUACCCACUGGAGAAGGGUCAUCUGUUUUAUCCCUACCCAGGAUGCACAGAAACAGCAGAUAGGGAACUACUGCCCUCAUUCCACGAGGUGUCCGUGUACCCAAAGAAAGAGCUUCCCUUCUUCAUCCUCUUCACAGCAGGCCUUUGCUCCUUCACUGCCAUGCUGGCCAUGCUCACACAUCAGUUCCCUGAGCUCAUGGGUGUCUUUGCCAAAGCAUUCUUCAGCACACUCUUUGCACCCCUGGGUUUCUUAGCAGACAAGAUGGAAAGCUUCAUGCCGUCCAGUUUUUGGCACCAGCUGACUCGGAUCUGACCCCAUCUCAUGCUUGCACACACAUACACACAUACACACAUACACACACACACACACCAAUACCACUCCAAACCCUCAGACAAAAAGUGUUUGCUCUCCUGUCUUCAGCAUUACUGUCCACUUGCUGCAUUGUUACUGAUUAUGUUGGCUGAGGUAGUAUCAACACAGCAAUACCACUCUUAAGAUGCUCUCCCACACUGUUCCAGCUGCCAGUAACUUUUCCAAGAACACAUUUAGUGAAUACCAUUUGCAACAAUUUCACAGGGCCAUUCAUUUGUCACGGGCAAUUUGAAAUGUUUCAGUAUCCCACAAGGUUUGACUCUGAAUUUUGUACAAAAAUAAAAUUAAUAAUUUGUCAGAGGUACUCCUCUGUUGAUUCACAAUAAUGAAUUAAAUCAAGAGAAAGCUAAAACUGCAUGAUUUUAAAGCUCCUCUUAUUAUUGUCUUGUCAGUUUGUUUUUAGUAGUGUGUUACUGUCAAAAAAAACAGACACGUACAUGAAGUAUUUGUCUUUUAGAAUAUUACUGAUACAAAUGAUCCUAUUCCUCACUUUUUCCGCAUAAUUAUUUAUUUGUAUCAGAAAGAUCCCAUGCCGUAUUUGGGAUGGGAACCUAUGUGUCCUAUAUCAACCCUCUGUGCCCUGCAGACAUGCAGCGGGGCAGAUUUAACAGUCUGUGAGACCUACUAAAAAACAGAGCUGUGAUUUACAGCCUCGGAGUGCCUGCAGUGUAUACAACGCCUCUGCAGUUCAACAGUUGUUACCAUGGCAUGACACCUCAGCACUAUAUCACUGGGGCAACCACCACCCCCGCAACAUCGAAAUGUAAAUGGGAUCAUCACUGGUCACCAUAAGGCCUCUUGUGGCAUUGCUCAUUUAUGACGAUUGCACUGCAGAAUGUUAAAAGUCACAGUGACGGUCAACUGGCCAACAAGAAUCACACAACAUAGUCAAUGUAAUACAUAAGAUUACAGUAAUUCCUAGUUUCCUAGAGUUUUUUUAGUGAGGAACAUCAACCCUGACAAACCCUCAUAUGCACCAAGCAUAUUCAGUUAGCCACUGCCUGCAGGUAUGCUCAGUAGCAUUUGGAGUUGGUGAUUAAAAUUAACGGACAUUUACAGACUCAUUGUGCCAAGUAAGAUGUACAAAAGUACUCAGUACGUACUCUUGCCCUGCCUUUGUCUGUUCCUUUUGCUAAAAUUUGCCAUAAUUGGUUUGAUUCUGAUACUUAUUCCCCUCUGUGAAAGAUAUAAUCUCUGUUUAAUCAAACUAAACACCCUGAGAUACCACUACCACCUAGUUGUGAUAUAAUGUAAAAACUGAGUGUAACUCGUCAGAAACAAAUGUGCCUUGUUAAAAAUCGUAAUUAAGCCUGUAAAUGUAAUAUAAAUGCAGAUUAUCCAACACCACAGACAUACAGUAAGACUAUAAAGAAUGUAAUAAUUGGAAACAAAUACGUCAACAGUUAAGUACAAUAACAUUGUGAUGUCGCACCAGUCCAACAGUUUAUUACAUGAACAGGUUUUAUUACAGUUUAAAACCAUCUGAGGUGGACAUUUUGAUAUUUUUUGUCAAGUUAUGUUACUUGAUAGUUCUUACAUUAUUUGUGACUACUGCAAUCUAGAUCUCAUACUUGAGGAUGUACAUUAUACUGACAACUCUUCACUCCAUAUGUGAUUGCAAAAAAAUUGUGAUAAUAAAGUGCCUUUCUUAGUGCAUCACACAAACUAAAUUGGCAUUUGGCUGAAAUUUGGCAUUUGGCAUUUAUUACACCUACAAUAUUGAUGUCAAGUUUAGUGGCAACUUUGUUCAAUUUGGAUGGAUAGAAUGUGAUAAAUAGAUGCCUUCAAAAGUUGUAUUGAUUGUCCAAUGAUCAGCAUAACUAGAUAUAGAGGCCAAGUUACAAACAUGCUUGUACAAAUGUAGAAAAGGCUAAGCUGGUGUUGAUGUUAAGGCACAUACAUGUGUUGUUAUGCUGCAAAUUUGGAUUAUUUUGUGGGUAACCCUGAAUGGCAGUUUUUGAAUCUAAAUUUCAAAACUGGUUGUUUAGUAUUUUGUGAUGUAUGUCUGUUAAAAUUCUAAUUAUAGAGUGUGCAGCUUAAAUGUAAGAGUACAUGCUGAAGACAGGAGAAUGUUUGAACAACUGUAACUACCCUUGGAUGAGUUUGAAAGCUAAACUCAAUAAAUAACAUUUUCUGUGAAAUUUC